UGAACGAAGCUGGGUUAUUUGUUGGACUGCAGCUUGACUUGGGGCUAUAUGGUUGUGAAAACUUAUCCGAAUAGGAUUCGAAAUUAUGUUACCGAUGGACUUGAAAUACCAACUCUUAAUCAUUAUAAUACUUUACUCAGUGAAUAUGGUAAGUUUCAAAAGAGAAGCGAAUUAAUUCUGUAGUCCCUUCUGGUAGAGCACUUCUGUCUUCGAGUUUACAAAUAUCAAAUGCACCUCCCUGGAUAAGAAAUUUGAUAGCUUUGAGUACUGCCAUUUGAAGUCUGUGAACCGCACUUUCAAAUACGUAUCACUUAAAGUUAAUAUGUAUGUGCUUCCUGUUACCAAUGUCAAGGUAAAGUUAAAAAAGGUAAAAUAUCCAUUAUAAGAAUAUGUUCUCCCAUUUUAGGUUAACUUUGCUCUUCUCAAGAAGUUUAGUGGAUACAAGCCGUUUCUAUACAACAUCACUGCGGAUGCCUGCAGAGUGCUGAAGUAUCCAAAGUCCAAACCGGUUGUUGGAUUUUUCUACAGUCUCUUUAGCCAUCACUCCAACAUGAACCACACUUGUCCCUUCAAUCACGAUAUUAUUGUGGACAAGCUGCCUGCCGACUUUGUAAACACGAAAAUUACUAAAACUUUGCCAUUUCCCGUGGGAGAUUAUCUCUUCGAUUCCAAAUGGAUAAUUAAUAAUGUAAAUCGAGCGGAGGUUAAAGUUUAUGGAACUCUAACGAACUCUAACGAACUCUAAAAUAAAGAUUUUAAAUAAACUCAGUUAAUUAAAAGCUAAGCAUUUUUAUAUUUUUACUGACCGAUGCUGCAAAAGUAAGAAAAAAGAGAAGGAUUGACUACCAAAUUCGAAUUUAACUUAAGCUUGCAAAUGAAAUGUAGUCACUGAAAAUACAAAAAAAAAUCUCAGAAAUGCGUUUUCAGAAUGGAAUGUUGAAUGGACUGUGACGAAUUAAAA